UUUUUUUUGCAUAUAGGUAUAUGAUGAUACAACUGAAGGCAGAAAAGUCUGCACUUAUUACAGACUGGAUUCAAUUCCUGUUGUGCUUAUUAUUGAUCCCAUCACUGGCCAAAAGAUGCGCUCGUGGUGCGGAAUGGUUCAACCUGAAAGCUUAUUGGAAGGUCUACUGGCAUUCCUUGAUGCAGGUCCUAAGGAUCAUCACAUUACCUUGUCUCACAAGCGUCCUAGAGGAAGUUCUAGCCCACCUAAAACUAAAGCUAUUCUAGAUUUAGGUGAAAAUAAAGAAGAGGAUGAGGAAGUUCAAAGAGCUCUGGCAGCUUCCAUGGAAAGCAUGAAAGAAUCUAGUGUAAUGGCUGGAAGAGAUAAUAAAGAUGCAGAUUUUGCUGUCAACUGGCAAGAAACAGCCUUGCCUAAGAGGCCUGCAUAUCCAACCCUGCCUGAAGAACCCAAGGCUGAAAGAAAUCUCCUAUGCAGAGUCGGUGUCCGGCUUCCAGAUGGACGCCGGGUACAGCGUAACUUCUUUCGCACUGAUCCAAUUCAGCUGCUGUGGUCAUUUAUUUCUGCUCAACUAAAGGAAGAUGAGACAAAGCCAUUUAGAUUAACACAAGCAAUUCCUGGAGCGUCUAAAAAUCUGGACUAUGAAAGUAAUUCAACCUUCGAGGAAUCAGGGCUUGCCAACUCUAUGAUCUCUGUGACUUGGGACUAAGUUUUAUUCAUUACUGGGUUAAAUUUUCAGACUGGAGAAUUUUGGAUUGGUGAUUCCCAUCUAUAUAUGAUCCCGUUUUCAUAUUUUGAUGAGACUGGUUUAUGUCUAAAGAAAAGGGGAAGGUUCAUUGAAAUAUUUUUGUGUAUAGAUUCUAAAUGAUGGGUAAAAUCAAGUUAAUGAAAAUAUAUCAAUGUUAUUACUUAUUAGGUAUUAGUACUAUUCUCUCCCCUUGGGCUU